GCUGCACGAACGUCCUUUGAUCACUGCGAAGGUGGAAAAGAAUUAUACUGGAAGCAGUUGAAACGGAACAGGCUUAUUCGGGACAUUUGUCCUGAAUUGAGACCAAAGAUAUCGCUUUCUGGUGACAUUCGAGGAAUACCUACAUCUAUAAUUAUGAGAUAUGACCACUUGAAGGAUCUGAAUGCCGAAGAUGAUGAGUUGAAGGAGGUUGUUGGUGGAGAUGAUUAA